CUAAGAGUUUGUUAAAUGGAUGAACGCUUAAGGCGAGGGGACGACAGUAGUUCAAACUGUUGCUUAAAAGCUUCACCAUUGUUGGAUUCUCCUUAUCCGGAACAAAUGGAGCCAUUUGUCCACGUUAUUGGACAAUCUGGGGACUUGGAGCGUGGUGAAGAUUUAGGAAGUGGGAAAGGUGGGGGUGAUAGCAAUGCAAUCAUCUUGCGAGGAAAGAGAAGAAAUAAAACGAAAGGCAACAGUCAGGUGCAUGAACAACUUAGGACCAAGAAAAACCUGACGUUGACAAAAUGUCAGAAAAGAAAGCUGAAUAAGAUAGCGGAGGAGAAGGAGAAAGCACUUCUCUUAUCGAAAAGCAUCGAGACCUUGGAGAAAUAUAAAAUUCAGGAUGAUGCAUACUCACUGAUGUGGUCUUCACGAAACCUUAGUCAGGUUGAAACUGUGCGUGAAAGACGUAGAAGGGCAGUGCAACUCUCUAAAGUGGGUUUAGCAAUGCCUCAUAGUGAUCAACCUUUAAAGAGAAAGGCUGCUGUCAGUUUUUCCUGUGAAAUUGAACCUGAUUCUCAGUCUACAAAAGGCAUCGACGAGAAUAACUUUUGGCAGCCCAUGACAGUCAUAUCUGAAAUUCCUACUCCUUUGGGAUCUUCCAAAGAAUCAUUUUCUAGCUUUGGACUUGGUGCAGUUGAUGGAUAUGGAGCUACCAUUCCAGCUAAGGAAGUUGCCAACAGAACUAAUGACAGUUGCGUUCGAGACGAUGCUCAGGAUUCUUUCCCCACCACAUUCAACAGUGAGAGGAGGGAGAUUAGCAAACCAAUGGAUCGGGGAGUUGAAAGUCCGAAAAUGCAUAUCAACAAUGCAACCAACCUGGCAGAUUGUCCUCCACAGAGAGGUCUAACUGCUCCAGUUGUAGUGCAUGUAUCAAGAAAAAAAGAGGUUGAGAACAAGAGGAAGGAUCUUCCAAUCGUCAUGUGGGAGCAGGAGAUCAUGGAAGCUAUAAAUGAAAAUAGUACGGUUAUUAUUUGUGGGAAGACAGGUUGUGGUAAGACCACUCAAGUUCCGCAGUUCCUUUAUGAAGCUGGCUUUGGUUCAGACCAGUCUAGGAGUGGUAUUAUUGGUGUUACCCAACCACGCCGUAUUGCUGCCUAUAACACUGCCGAGCGGGUGGCAGAUGAGCUUGGUCUUUGUCAAGGCAAGGAGGUUGGCUAUCAAGUUAGGCAUGACCGCAGGAUUGGAGACAGUUGCUCCAUCAAGUUUAUGACUGAUGGAAUUUUGCUACGAGAACUACAGAGUGAUGUCUUAUUGAAGAAGUCCUCGAUCAUAAUUUUAGAUGAGGCUCAUGAGAGAAGCUUGAACACUGACAUACUUAUUGGAAUGCUUUCCCGUGUUAUAAAACUUCGCCAGGAUGUAUAUGAAGAGCAGCAGCGUAAGGUCUUUUCAGGACAAAUAAUUAGCCCUGAAAAUAGGGUCUCUCCACUGAAACUGGUGCUGAUGAGUGCCACCUUGCGAGUUGAAGACUUUGUUUCUGGAAGAGGUAUAUUUGAUAAUCCCCCACCUGUAAUUGAAAUUCCUACCCGGCAAUAUCCAGUAACUAUCAUCUUCUCAAAGCGGACAGAGAUUGUGGAUUAUGUUGGCCAAGCCUAUAAGAAGGUCUUGUCUGCAUUCCUAACAUUGUCAAUUCACAAGGGACUGCCACCUGGUGGCAUACUUGUCUUUGUAACUGGUCAGAAAGAAGUAGAGGACUUGUGCCGGAUGCUGAGGAAAGCUUCAAAGGAAAUAGUUGAGAAUAGCUCUGAAAUAAAUAUGGAGAAAGAGGUUUCUGCAGUCUCGGCAGAGAAUGACAUCGGGGAAAAUGAUAUGAGUGAAGUUAGUGAAGCAUUUGAGAUGCACGGAAAUUCAUGCUACAACCAAACUGAUAGGUUUAGUUCUUAUGAUGACAAUCAUGAUGAUUUAGAUGAUAUUGAGUCAGAUUUUUCUGAUGAUCUGAGGCCAGAGAGUGAUUUGGAAGGAGCUGAUGAUGUCGAGUUAUUGAACCAAAGGGCAGUAAGUGAUUUGGAAGAAGCUGAUGAUGUCGAGUUAUUGAACCAGAAAAUGGAGAAUAGAAAUGAUCUCUCAGAAUUCUUUGGUGAGGAAGGGAGCCUUGCUUUAUUGAAGGCUUCAUUCGAGGUCUUGGCCAGAAAAACUACCUUGUCUCCUGAAUCUGACAACAAGCAGGUUGUUCCUUCGACUCCAGAAGGAUGCUCAAACCAGCCCAUUCCAAUUGUGGGGGAGAAAAGGGGUGGAGCUGGUCUCUGUACUGGUGCAAUGUGUGUUCUUCCCCUUUAUGCCAAGCUUUCUGAAUCAUCUCAGCAUCUUGUGUUUAAAGAGAUCAAGGAAGGAGAACGCCUAGUUGUUGUUGCCACUAAUGUGGCUGAAACCUCUUUAACCAUACCAGGUAUAAAAUAUGUGGUCGACACUGGAAGAGAAAAGGUUAAGAAAUAUAACUCCUCUAAUGGCAUGGAAACAUAUGAAGUACAAUGGAUAAGCAAGGCAUCUGCUGCUCAACGCACAGGAAGAGCUGGAAGAACAGGACCUGGCCGCUGUUAUCGCCUCUACUCUUCCGCAGUUUUUAACAACAUUUUUCCUGACUUCUCAAUUGCCGAGAUAUUAAGAGUAUCUCUUGAUGGCGUUGUCCUCCUUGUGAAAUCCAUGGGUGUUCCCGAGGUUUCAAAGUUCCCAUUUCCUACUCCUCCUGAGGCUACUGCCUUGUCUGAAGCAGAGCGUUGCUUAACAACUCUUGAAGCAUUUGAUAGCAAGGGGAGACUGACAUCGCUAGGGAAGGCUAUGGCAGAGUAUCCCAUCAGUCCUCGUCACUCACGGAUGCUCCUUACAGUUAUCCAAAUCAUGCGCAAGGUGAAAAGAAGUGAUCGGGCGAAUCUUGUUCUAGGAUACGCAGUGGCAGCAGCGGCAUCUUUGAGCUUGUCAAACCCUUUCGCAAUGCAGUUUGAGGGAGGCGACACAGAUACCGAUGGCUUGAAGCAGGAUGUGGAGUCUGGCUCCGGAGAUAGCAAGAAAACUAGAGACAAGGAAGAAAAGUUGAAAAAAAAGGAGCUAAAAGAAUCUGCUAAAGUGUCUUGUGCAAAAUUUUCUAAUCCCAGCAGUGAUGUUUUGACCAUAGCUUAUGCUUUGCAGUGCUUUGAACUUUCUCUAAGCCGAGUGGAAUUCUGCAAGGAACACGCUUUACACCUGAAAACAAUGAAGGAAAUGGCCAAUCUGAGAGAGCAGCUACUUCGCCAAGUGUUUAAACGAAGCUUUUGUGGUCUGCAACAGGAAUUUUCAUGGACUCAUGGUACUAUCAAAGACGUAAAACUUGCUUGGAGGGUUUCCUCCGACAAGCAUCCUCUUCGACCAGAGGAGGAGGAGCUCUUGGGCAAAGCUAUAUGUGCCAGUUGGGCUGAUAGGGUUGCCAAACGCAUUGGAAGAGUUUCAGCAUCAGAGGAAGACAGAAAAGUUCAUGCAACUCGCUAUCAGGCUUGCAUGGUUAGAGAAACAGUUUUCCUCCAUAGGCGGUCAUCUCUCUCUAAGUCUGCCCCAGAAUUCUUGGUGUACAGUGAACUGCUAUAUACAAAACGACCAUUCAUACUCGGAGCAACAAGCGUGAAAGCCGAUUGGCUUGUCAAGUAUGCUAAGUCCUUGUGCUGUUUCUCUGCCCCACUCGCAGAUCGCAAACCUUAUUAUGAUCCCGAGUUGGACCAAGUUUUCCGUUGGGUCGUUCCGACUUUUGGCCCUCAUCGGUGGCAGCUCCCAUUGCAUGGUGAACCUAUCGAAAAUGAUUCUCACAGAGUAGCUGUAUUUGCUGCUGCUUUGCUUGAAGGCCAUGUGUUGCCAUGCUUAAUAUCUGUGGGGAAGUUCCUGGCAGCCUCACCUGCCAGCAUUUUGAGGCCAGAGGCAUUAGGUCAAAGAAGGGUUGGGAAUCUUCUAAUUAAGUUACAGACCAGGUUGAGAAUUAUUGACAGCUGUGCCAUGUUAAGAGAGGCUUGGGAUGAGAAUCCUUGGGAAUUGCAUUCGGAAAUUCUAGACUGGUUUCAGUUGGGUUUUCGUGAUCAAUUUGAAGAUCUUUGGGCCAAAAUGCAUCAUGAGGUUCUUUUAGACUCUAAAGAACGUUUCCCCAAAAGGAUCAAGAGAGCAAGAAAGGAGAAUAAACUAAGCUAGUGAACACUGAACAGGAGAGGCCUAUGUAACUUAUUUUUCCUUUUUGAAUUAUCAAGAGAGAGAAAGCUUUGCUUAGGGCACUGAACGUUCAAUCUAAAUAAGAAUCUGUUACUUCGUUCUUA